AUGUCUGAUCCUCUGAUACCUCUUCCCGACGUGGAGAAGCUCAGUGAUCGGGUCAUCCGGGUCCUUGGAGGUAACCCUUCAAAGUUCACGUUACAAGGCACAAACACAUACAUUGUCGGUACCGGCGCAAAGCGGUUGUUGAUAGACACUGGCGAAGGCAAGGAGCAGUGGAUACAGUCGCUCAAGUCAACGCUUGCAAAGCAAAACAUAACAAUCGACAAGGCGCUCUUGUCGCACUGGCACCACGACCACAUCCAGGGCGUACCUGAUCUACUCGAACAUUUCCCAGAUACGAAAGUAUACAAAAACGACUCAGACGGCGAAUGGCUCGACAUAGCCGACGGGCAGGUGUUCGAAACCGAGGGCGCAACGCUCCGGGCCUUCCACUGUCCUGGCCACACCACGGAUCACAUGGCCUUCGUACUGGAAGAAGAGGAUGCAAUGUUUACAGCCGACAAUGUGCUCGGUCAAGGCACGGCUGUAUUCGAAGACCUCGCGACGUACAUGAAGAGCUUAGAUAGCAUGUCCAAGCAGUUCAAGGGUCGCGCAUACCCUGGUCACGGGCCAGUUAUUGGCGACGGUCCGGCAAAGAUCAGUGAGUACAUCAAGCACAGAAAACAACGCGAGCAGCAAGUGCUCGAUGUGCUUGCACAGGACAAGGCGGACGGGUGGACAUCGAUGGACAUUGUGAAAAUCAUCUACAAGGACUAUCCGCAGAGCCUGUGGGAGCCAGCUGAAAAAGGUAUUCUCCAGAUUCUGAACAAGCUGAAGGGGGAAGGAAAGGUAGUGCAUGAUGAGAAGAAGAGGACUUGGUCGUUGAGUGAGAAGUCUAGUCUUUAG